AUGCUGCAUUUGAGUAAGGGAGAUUUUGUGUGGGUGGACUCUGGUGCUGGGGUGCCGAUCGGGGCGGAGGUGAAGCUGACGGACACGGGACAGCUUCAGCUGAUCGAUGAUGAAGGAAAGGAGCACAAGAUCAACAAGAAGACGGAGGGGAGCAUCCGAGCCAUGCACCCCACCUCUGUGAACGGCGUGGAUGACAUGAUAAGGCUGGGGGAUCUGAACGAGGCGGGUCUCCUCAGGAACCUCCUGGUGCGACACAAAGAAGGCAUCAUCUAUACGUACACAGGCUCCAUUCUGGUUGCGGUCAACCCCUACCAGCUGCUGCCCAUCUACACCACCGACCAUGUGCACAUGUACACAGAUCGACGGCUGGGCGAACUGCCGCCACACGUCUUCGCCAUCGCAGACAGCUGCUUUUUCAACAUGCGCCGCAACCGAAAGAACCAGUGCUGUGUCAUCAGUGGAGAGUCGGGAGCAGGGAAAACUGAGAGCACCAAGUUGAUGUUGCAGUUCCUGGCUGCUGUGAGCGGACAGCACUCCUGGAUCGAGCAGCAGAUUCUUGAAGCGAACCCGAUCCUGGAGGCUUUUGGUAACGCCAAAACCAUCCGCAAUGAUAACUCCAGCCGUUUUGGGAAGUACAUCGACGUCAACUUCACUAAAGGCGGGGCCAUUGACGGGGCCCGCGUGGAGCAGUACCUGCUGGAGAAGUCCAGAGUUUGUCAUCAGGCACCCGAGGAAAGAAACUACCACAUCUUUUACUACAUGCUGAUGGGCAUGUCAGCUGAGCAGAAGAAGAUUCUUUCCCUUGGGAGCGCUGCUGAGUACAACUAUCUGACCAUGGGUAACUGCACCAGCUGCGAAGGACGGGAUGAUGUGAAGGAGUACGCCCACUUCCGUUCAGCUCUGAAGAUCCUCACGUUCACAGAGAACGACUCCUGGGAAAUCUCCAAACUGCUCGCCGCCAUCCUUCACCUGGGCAACGUGGACUUUGAAGCCACCAUAGUAAAUAACCUGGAGGGCUGUGAAAUCCGCACAUCAACCCAUUUGAACAUGGCUUGCCAGCUGUUGGAGGUGGAUCCCAAAGCGGUGGAGAAGAGUCUGACGCAGCGCUCCUUCAUGACCACCAGGGAGAGUGUGACCAAACCUCUGACCUCUGCCCAGGCCGUGGAUGGCAGGGACGCCUUUGUCAAAGCUAUUUAUGGAAAACUCUUCAUUUGGAUCGUGGACAAAAUCAACAGUGCCAUUUACAAGCCGCUGGAGACUCCCGAUGAGGUCCGACAGUCAAUAGGCCUGUUAGACAUCUUUGGCUUUGAGAACUUCACCAAAAACAGCUUUGAGCAGCUUUGCAUCAACUACGCCAACGAGCAGCUGCAGCAGUUUUUCGUCAGGCAUGUUUUCAAGCUGGAGCAGGAUGAAUACGCCCGUGAAAACAUUGUUUGGAAGCACAUUGAUUACAAAGACAACCAAGGCACCCUGGACGUACUGGCCAACAAACCCAUGAACAUGCUGGCUCUUAUUGACGAGGAGAGCAACUUCCCCAAGGGCACAGACACCACCAUGCUCCAAAAAAUGAAUCAGGUCCAUGGAAAAGGGGAAAUCUACAUCCCCCCCAAGAACAACUAUGAGACACAGUUUGGGAUCAAGCAUUUUGCUGGAGUCGUCUACUAUGAUUCAAAAGGUUUCCUCGAGAAAAACCGUGACUCCCUCAGCUCAGACCUGAUCCAGCUGGUGGAAACCUCGACCAACAAACUCCUCAAACAGGUGUUUCACAAGGAGCUGCAGUCCGGCACGAUCAAGAGCAGCGCCAACCCGAAGAUGGUCAUCAUCACGCCCAAGAGCAGCGUCCGGCAAGCAUCUGACAGCAAGAAGCAUGUGGCGACUCUGACGGGCCAGUUCCGCCAGUCUCUGGAUUCCCUGAUGAAAACGCUGACGGUGUGCCAGCCCUAUUUCAUCCGCUGCAUUAAACCCAACGACUUCAAGAAGCCCAUGCUGUUCGACAGAGAGCUGUGCAUCCGUCAGCUCCGCUACUCGGGGAUGAUGGAGACCAUCAGGAUCCGGAAAGCCGGGUAUCCUGUGCGCUACACCUUCAGCGAGUUUCUAGACCGCUACCGCGUCCUUCUGAAAACGUCCAUCUGUGAUCCCAAAACGGAAAGUAAAGAGAAAUGCUGCGAGAGCAUUUGUGAAAGCGUGCUCGCUGGAGAGGGCGACUGGAAGACCGGCAAGACCAAGAUAUUCCUGAAGGACAUCCAUGACACAAUGCUUGAACUGGAGCGAAUGAAAGAACUCAACAUGAAAGCACUUUUGAUCCAGAAAGUCCUGAGAGGCCACAAAUACAGGAGAGAGUUCCUGAGGAAAAAGGCCGGCGCUCUCGUCAUUCAGAAAUACUGGAGAGGACACAAGGGCAGAAAACUGUACAAAGUGGUUCAGCUGGGCUUUGCCAGGCUGCAGGCGCAGGUUCGCUCUCGCCAGCUCCACUUCCUGUACAAGAAGAAGCGGGAGGCGGCCCUCGUGCUGCAGACCCGAGCCAGAGGAUACCUGGUCAGGAAGGAGUGGAAGCGCAAGAGAGAUGCUGUGAUCCUCCUGCAGGCGCACACCAGAGGAGCGCUGGCAAGGAAAGCUCUCAAAAAAAUGAAAAGAGAUAUGUACCUCUCUGCUAAAGAGAAAGAGGCGGAGCAGCAGGCCAUCUUGGAGAGGCAGAAACGCUUGGAGGAAGUGCUGCGGCAGAAGAAAGAGAUGGAGACCAAAGCUCAGUCAGAAUCCGUCACGGACCAGGAGAUGGUGGACAGCAUCUUUGGCUUCCUGCCCACUAUCAUCGGAGGGCAGGAGGGGCAAGCGCCUGUGGGAUUUGAGAACUUGGAAGGGAAAAAGAUGAUAACCGAGGAGAUAGACAUCGACGACGUCCCCAUGGAGGAAGAUCUUCCCGAAGAAGACUACGACGACCUGGAUGAGUACUCCUUCUCCAAGUUCGCCUCCAUGUACUUCCAGGGUGCAGCCACUCACACCCACAUCCGCCAAAGGCUCCGGCAGCCUUUACUCUACCACGAGGACGAGGGAGACGUUCUGGCUUCGCUCACAGUGUGGUGGAUCAUUCUCAGGUUCAUGGGAGACCUUCCUGAGCCGAAGAAGCAGGUGAAGGUCCAGGGAACCUCCACACAGGAGCGCAUUCUGCCGAAGGCCUCCGCCGCGCCCGGCGAGACCGCUCAAAACCCGAAGCCUCCCGCCCUGCCGCCUGUGAAGGAGGACAGCGACCCGAUGGUUGAAGAAGGACCCACUCUGGACCGGCCGCUAACCUCUCUGGAAAAACUCCACAUCAUUGUGGGAUAUGCUAUUGUCAGACACGACCUCAGGGACGAGAUUUACAGUCAGAUCUGCAAACAGCUUCAGGAUAACAACAAUCGCAACAGCUACUUCCGUGGUUGGAUCCUGUUGUCCCUCUGCCUGGGCGUUUUCCCCCCGAGCGAGCGCUUCAUAAGGUAUCUGCAGAGUUUCAUCCGCUCCGCUCCGGCGGGCUACGCCUCCUACUGCGCUGAAAGGCUGCGGCGCACAGUGAUGAAUGGAGUGAGAGGGGAGCCUCCGACCUGGCUGGAGCUGCAGGCAACCAAGACGAAAAAGCCCAUGAUUGUGUCCGUGAUACUGCUGGAUGGGCGUUCGAUAAACCUGCCGGUUGACUCCGCAUCGACCUCCAAAGAGAUCUGCCAAGUCAUCUCCAGCAAAGUCCGACUCAAGGACACCUUCGGCUUUUCCCUCUACGUGGCUCUGUAUGAGAAGGUGUGGGCUCUGGGCGGCGGCCGGGAGCACGUGAUGGAUGCAAUCUCCCAGUGUGAGCAGGAAGUGAAGAGGAGGGGGGGGCAGGAGCAGCACGCUCCCUGGCGUCUCUUCUUCCGCAAGGAGGUGUUCACCCCCUGGCACGACUGUGACGAGGACAAGAUCAGCACCGACCUCAUCUACAGGCAGAUCGUCCACGGCCUGAAGUUUGGAGAGUACCAGAGUGAAAAGGAGGAGGAUCUUGUUCAGCUCGCUGCAAAACAUCUGUACGUCCAGCACGGCUCGGACAGCAGCCCAGAAAACGUGAAGCAAGCCGUUCAGGAUUGCAUCAACAGCUCUCUGCUGGAGGCCAAGUCGGAGGCCAAGUGGGUGCAAAUGAUCAGCACUGCUCACGCUGAGGGUUCAUAUCUGAGUUCAGGGCAGAAGACGGAUUCAGUGAAGGCGGAGGCGGUCGACUACGCCCGGAAGAAGUGGCCCAUGUUCUUCUCCAGGUUCUUUGAAGUGGUCAAGCUGUCAGGUCCUCCGCUGCCAAAGAGCAAGUUCAUUGUGGCCAUAAACUGGACUGGUAUCACCUUCCUGGAUGAAAGAGAGAAGAGGCUGCUGGAGCUCUCCUUCCCCGAAGUGACAGGAGUCAACACCGUGAGGGAGGGAAAAGCGUCGGCGCAGGCGGUGUGUCUGCUGACGCUGAAAGGAGACUUCACUCUGAGCGGAUCUGCAGCUGACGACAUGGCCGAGCUGGUCACCAUGUUCCUCAGUGGACUGACGGAGCGAUCCGAGUAUGCCGUGGCCCUGAAGGAGGUCGACAGACAAGAUGAUCCCACGUUCCUCAGCUUCAAGAAAGGAGAGCUCAUUCUAAUCAUCAAAGACGAUGAGUUUUCUCAGCAGGGUGGCUGGAUAAAGGGCCAGAUUGGGGGCGCAAAACAAACAGGAGCCAUCCCCACUGACGCCAUCUUGAUCCUACCAACGCUCAGCAAACCCACCUACGAGGUCAUGAGCCUCCUCAGCCUGCCUCCUAACCAGAGGAAGACCAUCAUACAGGCAAACCAGAAAGAAACGGGGACUGUGGAGAGACAGGCUCCUGCCACGUUGAAGGAAUUCUCCCUGGAGUACUUCAGGCAGCCCACUAAGGACGUUAACCGUCAGGUGAUUUCCAGGAAUGCUGCUCCUGAGAGGCUGUGGGCAAACUCCAGAGAGCCAAUCAGACAGCCCCUCCUCAAGAAACUGGUGGGCAACCCCGAGCUGAGCCACAAAGCAUGUCUGGCUUUCACUGCCAUCCUGAAAUAUAUGGGAGAUUACCCCACCAAGCAGAUGCAGAGUCCCCUGGAGCUCACCGACCAGAUCUUCGGCCCCGCCACGCAGAAUGAGGCGCUCAGGGACGAGAUUUAUUGUCAGAUAAUAAAGCAGAUGAGCAGCAACAACAACCGGUUCAGCAUGGAGCAGGGCUGGCAGCUGCUGUGGCUCUGCUGCGGCCUGUUUCCCCCCAGCCAGUCUCUUCUGAGACACGCUCAGCGCUUUCUGGAGUCUCGCCGCAGAGAGCCCUUGGCCCACGAUUGCCUGCGGCGGCUGCAGAGCUCUCUGAGGAUGGAGCCCAGGAAGCUGCCGCCACACCAGGUGGAGGUAGACGCCAUCCAGCAGAACAGCAUCCAGAUCUUCCACAAAAUCCACUUCCCCAACGACACAGGGGAGAUAUUCGAGGUUUCCACCAGCACCAGGAUCAGGGAUCUCAUUCAGAACAUCAGCAACAAGCUCGGCCUGGCCUCGGCAGACGGCUUCAAUAUUUUUGUCAAAACACACGACAAGGUCCUCAGUUUGAAUGACGCAGAUUACUUCUUUGACAGUCUGAGACAAAUCACUGACUGGUCCAAGAAAUCCAAGAGGAUUAAAGACGGUGGGCCAGUCAACAUAUCCUACCUUGUGUUCUUCAUGAGGAAGUUGUGGUUCAAUGUGAUCCCUGGCAGAGACACAGAGGCCGAUCUUAUCUUCCAUUUCCCUCAGGAGCUGCCUAAAUACCUGAGAGGCUACCAUGUCAGCACCAGAGACGAGAUGGUCAACAUUGCGGCGUUGCUCUUCAGGAUAAAGGUCAGCAAUGACAAGACCCAGCUGGUCAUGAUUCCCAAGAUGCUGAGGGAGCUUGUGCCGGCCGACCAACUGAAGGCCACGUCUGAGAAUGAGUGGAAGAAGAGCAUCUCUGGUUAUUAUAACAAACAAGCCGGGAUGACUGUCGACGAAGCCAAGGUGGCAUUUCUGAAGGCGGUGUGUCGCUGGCCGACCUUCGGCUGUGCGUUCUUCGAGGUGAAGCAAACAUCAGAACCAAAUUUCCCAGAUAUCGUGCGAAUUGCCAUCAGCAAGCAAGGACUCACAAUCAUCCACCCUAAAACCAAGGAUGUUUUGGCAAAUCACCCAUUCAACCGCAUCGCUAACUGGUGCAGUGGAAGCACCUACUUCCACAUGACUAUCGGCAGUUUGGUCAAGGGAAGCAAGUUCCUGUGCGAGACCUCGCUGGGUUACAAGAUGGACGAUCUUAUAACCUCCUACGUCAACAUGUACCUCAGAGAGAGGACGGCGGGGCAAACCAGGAACCAGCGCUUCAAUAUUUGAGCCAAUGAGUGUGACGCCAAACCCCCGUAACUGCAGGUGUUAAACCGCCACACUCCAUAUUUGGUUCAUACGUAAAGAGGCAGAGCGCAAAUAGUGCAAUCAGCUUUAUUUGUGCUGUGUGAGGAGGAAAAGACGUUGAUUUAUUAUGUGAAAGAAACACAUUUUUAUUUAAAACUAAUAUUUCUGUAGCAUGUGUACAAGUAACGUAAUCUGAAGGGAAGAGGUGUUGUCGAAGACGGAUGAAUUAGAAAACAAUUAAAUGCGUCUUCUAUCUCCUGUCCAGAAACAAAUAUAAAAAUAUUAUAUAUAAAAAUGAGUUGAAUAAAUGUAAAAAACUAAUUGUAUUCUCUGUGUAUUUUUCCAACUUUAAAUUCCGGUAAUUUAAUAAAAUAUGGCGUUGAAAUGUUGCCGUGUUGCAUUUAGGUGCAGGUCGAAAACUCCAAUGUCUGUUUCUUUUUCAACUCAUUCAUAUAGAAAUUGUAAAGUUUGUUAUCUAAAUCUGAACACUCACAAUUUCCUAUGUUUUAGGUAUUUAUCUGCACACGAAGCAAAGUUUUACAUCUUUC